AAAUGAGAGAGUGAAAAGGGGGCCAGUAUGCGAACCAGAAGCGUUGCUGUUUCCCUACACUAUUUGAUUGCGUUCCCAUCUUUACUUAAUGACGGAUAAUUAGCAAUACCACCGAACCUACUUUACAUGUAAGGUUGGCUCUUUAUAACAAAAGACAGAGCAUCGGGAUUUGUCAGUACCCGUGACUUGCAUCGGAGUGUGCACUGAGGAGGACAGCACUUGGGCUGCCUGACUAGAAGCGCUGACUGCGGAGCUAGGACUACUGAAGAUCAUGAGACGCCUGUAUAACCAAGGCCACAUUACCGUGGUUUGGUAAAGUAAAUAUUGUGUUUUAUUUUUCUCUCUUGGCACUUACUUUUCGUGUUUGACUCGUCGUGGACCAUUCCCGGAGUUUAUCAAGCUAUCCUAGAAGUGCAACGGAGGAGGAUAACUUUGUCUGAAUUUGCCAGCAAGAAAAAGUAAUUCAAAUUCAAAAACAGCAGAAAAACUGUAUCGAGGAAGGCUUUGAUCGGAAUGGAUUCAAAGGAUAUAUAACAUACGCAUGUGUCAUACGGGCUCGACGUUUAGCGCAACCUUGCAGCCGUCGCAAUGGCAACUUUGGCCGGUUUGGCACAGAGCGCCUGUAGACAUCUAUGGCCCUUCGGCUGCAUAGUUAUCUUUUUUAGCUAUUUAUGUAUAGCUUCACCUACCCAUGGACGCCGAUUAAUAUGCUGGCAGGCUAUUUUGAACUGUCAAAAUGAAGCAGAGUGUUUGUAUGCAUAUGACCAGUAUUUACACGCCUGUGAACCCAUACUGACCGGCCAGAGGAGGAAGUGUCCAAGUCACUGCAUCUCUUCCCUAGUGCAACUCAAUCUUACCAGAAACGGGCCAGCUCUUGAGGACUGUAGCUGUGGCAAUGAUGAAAGAUGCAGGAAGACCAAACGUUCUAUCGAGCCUUGCCUGCCUAGAACUAGCAACAUGGGGUGCACAGAAGCACGGCGCCAGUGCGAAAGAGACACCCAAUGCCGAAGCGCCAUGGGUGAAUAUUUAACCCACUGUGGCAAACUUUUCAGUGGAGCAACCUGUACGAACUCUUGUCGAAAUGUGAUUGCUCACAUGCGCAAGAUACCCAAGGCUCAAAGCUUGGAUACCUGCGUUUGCGACGGGACCGAAAGGACUAUAUGUGAGUUCAUCAAAGUUAAUAUGAGAAACCUCUGCUUCGAAUCACCACCUACAGAUGACGAGGGCGGUAGUGGAAAUGAUGACGAAGACGACGAACAAGACAUUGACUACUAUGUCACCAGCAGUGAUGUAGAAGACACUGGUUGCUCACUGAGUCCUCGGAGUGUUUUGACUCUGGUGGCAUCCAUCUUGGUUCUUCUGCCGUUUCUCUGAUGGGCAAGUGAAUUACUCGCUCAGACUGUUGUACGAAGGGGAAAUGUUGCUCUCUUUUGUCUUCAAACAACUGUCGGAUGCGUUCGGCUCCAAAGAGUAGACUACAAAGUCAGCAAUCUAAGAUUGGUUGCUCUAAUAUGAGUAAAUGUGGUGGGGUAAACUCCCAACACUCUGUGAUUGUCUAUGCACGUGUAGGCCCAACUGUUUUGGCGCAGGGGAAACAUGCCUUGUCAGUAUGUCACAGUAUUUAUUUUUACGCAAAUGGUCUGACAUUGCAAUAACGACGUGGCUACCAAAUACUUAAGCUUGGUCUAACACUACUGCCCUAAAGUAUACUAGACGGUUUGUGUCAUCAAAGUGUUGGUGUCCUAAGUAAGAUAAAGCUUGUAGCGCACAUUUGUCACAUUGAUUUCAAAUGUUGCCUUGGACAAGUGUGUGCAGAAAUUAUUUUAUUUUGAUACAUAGAGAUUUAUCAAUGCAGGUUUUAAUCAUAAAGCUGUGCACUGCCAAUAUGGGACUAGUGUUUUUAAAAGAAAAAGAUGUAUUUUUAUAUAAAGUUGCAUUUGAUUUUUGAGAGGCCAAGUGACAUCUCUUUAGGAUAUUAAAUGCUGGAAUGAAAUACAGAUAGACUAAAAAAUCCAGUUAAGGUACAAUAAAGUCAUCUACAAAUAUAUGUUGUAAAAAGGAAUCACUGCACACAUAGUGUACCAGACAGUGAAAGAGAAAGGUUUAAAAAAGUAUUCCAGUUGUAAAGGGAAAGUAGGUAUUUGAUGUAUUAUUUUCCUUUGAAAAAUACUGUACAGUGUAUUAUAUAGAUUUUCAGAGAAUCUUUUAAUUAUGUUAUCAAAGAUGAAUUAUUCACUGUGUAGAAAUGUCUAAAUCCACUGUAUGACUGCCUCAAUGAUGUACUUUUAUAGAAGGCAUAAAAAAAGUAAUUACAGAAAUCCA